UUUUGUAGAGGCCUAUGAAUGGGAUUUUGAUGUAUAGAUGUUAUAGAUAUUUUUUGUGUACAUGUAGGCUACUGCCUCCUUUUGAAUAUAAUUUUGUACUCAUCAAAAAAAGAAUUGGCACAAUGACAAAGAAAGAGGGAAUAUAAAUAAAGGACAGCAUUGAAGCUUCACCCUUGGAAAUACUUCCAUAUUUACCUGAUGUGCCAGUUCAGGACCUGGGAAGUCUGGCAUUAUGGCAUGACUCUAAUGUCUUGGUUAGGAAGGUUUUCUCAAAAUGUCACUCUAUCACAUCAUGAUACUUCCUUUUUUUUAACCUGAAGGGAAAAAAAGAGAAAACUCAGAAAAAGUUUAACAGAGUAGAAAAAAGAAUCUAAGAAAUAGUUUUCAAAUUUAGGGAAGGCAAAAACAUAUUACACUGUAUUUGCAUGAACCAUCAAUAAGCAGGUAAUAGUUGUUCUUGUUAAGCUUAGGAUAAUUUUAAAGAAAGGAUGAUUUUAUUCUUGUUCUUGUGAAAUUGUUUUGUGAAUCUGAUCCCUCUUGUGAUGGUACUGUUGAAGGGAAGAUAAAAUGGAGAUAAAUAAACCCUCCUCCCCUCUCUCCAUCCCUGUCCUUGAAUGUCUUGUAAUAUACUUGUGGUGGAAGAUACAUGGAAGGCUUUUCUCGACUCCAUUUGAAAUGUCAUGUCCACCAUGUUCCCUGGUGACAAGUAAUUAUGAUCAUCUCCAUCAGCUCCAGUUUCUUUGCUUGUCAACUAUCUGUUAAUGUGACUUGUGGCACUAGUUAUGAACAAUUUUAUUGGUGGCUAAUUACUAAUUAACAAUUGUAGACACAAAUGAAGGACCUUGGGGCGCAAUCCAAUGCUACAGAUGAAGAAAUUAUCACACAGGUUCUAGGGCCUGAGCGACCUGGUCGUGUUCGAACAUAUGGAUUGGGUCCUUCCCCGACAGAUGUCUUUGGAGGCGGAUAUAGGCAAUCGCAAGAACAAACUCGUAUCAUCCAAACGCAAGUCCAAGAGCAACUUAACCAAUAUAAAACACAAAUGGAGAUACAAAUAAAGGAGAUGAUGGAUGCUAUGCUUAAUCAACAGAAAGUACAAAUGGAGAUGCAAAGCACAAUCCAAGCUCAACAAGCCCGAAUAGAGCAAUUGGAGUCUCAACAGGCCAUGGGUGGGCCUGUUGCACCAGCUGCUACACAUGUGCAUUCACAACAACAAUCCCAUGCAUACACCUCAUCAUUUAAUUGUCAUCGUUCGUCCGAGGAAGUUCACAUAUCAAAGAAAGAAAAGAAGAAGAAGAAGAAGUAGAUAUGACAAACUCAGGUUCAUUCUAAACCAUUAUA